CCCACAAUUGACUUUGCAACUCUCGAAAAAUGUCAGAACCACUUAGUAAUGAUGUCAGCACCGAAUCCUUGUGUACAGUUAUAGAGACCAGCAGUAACGAAUAUCUAUCAAAUAAAUUCUCUAAAGAUCCCAUUAAAUGCGUUUCACUAGAAUCCCUCGAUACCAAUCGGAUAUCACCAACAACAAAUAAUCUCAAAUCAAAUGGUUGUCUGCGUAAUUCCUUGGACGAAAGCUGUGAUACGGACACUACUGAAAAGUCCAUAAAUUACGCCACAACCGAAGAAGAAGGCGAAGUGGUCGAGAAGAAACCGAAAACAAAAUUAAAAAAAUCCGUAUCCUUUGAUCCGAAUGAUGAGAAAAUCAAGAAAUUUAUUGCCGGUGAACCGAUAGUUGAUCAACAGAAUCCUUUCAAAACAAAUGGUUAUUUAAAUACCACGAAUGGUGGUAGUGCCAAGCGGAAAGAUAAGAAAACCCCUCCACCAGUACCAGCGAAACGCUCAACACUAAGUGUCCGAAAGACGGUGACCCAACAGUUGCGCGAACGUGAACGCGAAAAGGAAAAAGAACGAGAGAGGCAAAAGAACGAAGCCAACAAUCGGAAAAGUAACGGUAUCAUCAAAUCACCCUCCGAUGAAUUUGUUACCACAGAAGAGGUCCUAAAACAAUCGAAAUACGUUAAAACCUACAUUAAAAAUCCGGAUCCAUAUUUUGUAUACGAUCCCACAGUAUUAGCUCGUUUAAAAUUUGAAGAAUUACGAGAUAUAGCAUUAAAAAAGCCACCAAAGAGGACAAUAACACAAGGGGCGGCGGCGCCACAGCCCCAACCGCGGGAACGGCUUAAGGAAUUGAAAAAUCGCCAAAAUGAAAAUAGGCCCACAAAAACGCCAAUAACAUUUAAAAAGUGCUCGAAACCGAAUUAUCCGGAUUUAUCCGAUCUGAAAAUAAAAACUGGCACCGAUCUAGAAGACAGUCUCUAUAAUCCGUUGGAGGUUACAAAAAACGCCAAGAAGUUUGAUGAACGUGUCAAGAAACUGCAUAUAUCCUCAGAUGAUGAUCUAGACGAAAUUGAGGAGCCAUUAACAAAAAGUGAAUCCAGUGAUGAUAACAAUAUGAGCGGAACCCAGCAGGAAACCGAUAAAAUGCAACAAACUAAUGAUAAUAAUAAUUGUGGCGGAGAACCUUGCAGUAGCCGAGAACCUUCUCCACCACCCACAGGCACCUUUACCAAUACCAUUAAAUCGAAAGAAUUCCAAGAAUAUCUUGAAAAGAAAGGUCUCACUUUAAUACCCAAAAAGAUACCGAAUGGCGCCCAACCGAUGUAUGGCAGUAAAUCCCAACCAAAUAUGUCUGCCAUAAAACAAAUAAGCUUUAAGGCCGAACCUGAACGCAUACAAUUCAAUAGCAAUGGCUCGGAUAGUGUAGAUGCAGCUUCGCGUAAUAAUAAACCUUCAGUAUUUCAGAGGCUUUUGGCUAAUAGUAUUUUUGCUUCACGUCGCAAGACAACACCCAAAGAACCGGUUCCUAUAAUUAAACCCUUAUACGAUGGCAACAAUGAAAAUGGUUCCUUGAAACCCAUUAAACGGGUUGUGCUCGAACGUCAAAGUUUCCAUGGCAGGCCAAAGGCUGGCAAUCUCCUAAGUCCCGCCGAGGCCUUGGAGUUGAAACAACAACUGGAGAGGUCACGCAAAAGUUAUGCCAGUGGUGAUGACAUCUCUCUAUCGAUCUCAAGUGCUUUGACAAAUGCCGAACAGAAAGGCAAUGAGAAUCUCACAAACACCAUAAUCAAAUCCAAUACCAUAGGUACCCCGGGAUUGAGAAGAAAGGAAUUGCAAGGCAAGUCCAUAACCAAACCACCUAGAAGAACUUUGUCGCGUGAGAGAAUUACAAAAUAUGAACCGCCCAAAAUGGUACUCAGUGAAAGGCCAAUAAAUGUCAACAACAAUCUUUACACCUUGGCGAGGGAAACUGCAGCCCCUGCCAACCGGGAAAAGAGUGAUACGAAUUUUAGACGAACCCUGGAUCGUCAAAGUAUGAUACCAAAACGUACAACUCAACAACAGGAUAAGCAACAAGUUUUUGGUCGAUCUUCAUCAAUGGAUCGUAAUGAAAUUUUGAAGAGAAAUGCAAAUCGUGGCGCCCAACAGCCGAAUGCACAACAUCAAAGGUCAAACAGUGUGACGGGGGAGGCUUUAUUGGCACCCAUCACCACAAGGACGGGAGAUAAUGUACAAGAGACCACAUUCCCGGUAAAUGAUGGACCACCCAUUACCUCAACGCCCAUACGAGGUGGUGGCGGAGAGGGUGCAAACAUUAAUACGAAAAAUAUUUCACCAAUUUCCUCAAUACCCAAGAAAGCAUCCCAAUUGGGUGUCUAUGUGGAUCAGCAGGAGUGGGAACGUUUAAGAGCUAUUAAAGAACAAACAGAUCGUGAAUUAUAUUAUCGGGUUAUGCAGCAGCAACAGAAAAUACAACAACAACAACAGCAACAAGAUCAGGAUCAACAAAAUAUGGCUUCACCUUCCCAAAAUUCCGGAAAAUCUUCACAAAAUUUGGAAAACAUAUAUGAACACUUGCCCGGUGGUAGUCAAGUGCGUCUGACCUCGGGCCCCGAUGGACAGUUUGUACGAGGAUCACCACAACGCAAUACUUUUUCUGGGGUAAUACGCACCAAUGCCAAUCGCCAGGUGAAAAUUAUUGAUGGUAAACCUGUUGUCGCCCCUGAGCCCAUGGCAGCCAAUAAAACCAAUCAGCAGAAUUCCAUGCCUCGUUGUCAAAGUGUUUUGGGUAAUGUUACCGGCAGGGGAUAUGAAAGUGAAACUCCCGAAACCCCAGUAGUGCUACGACGCAAAGGUGAAGGUAAUCAAUCAAACCAGACCACAACCAGACGUAUUGGUGGCCUAUUGACACGGGAAGAAAUUCUUCAAAAAAUUAAAGAAUUUUGUCGCAAGUCUUUGAAUAAAACGCCAACCAAUCCCCAGCCAGCCCCAUUACAGGCUAUAUAUGAGAAACAGCCAACAGCUACAGAUUUGUCACCGGUUUCAUAUGUCUCCGUGGAGACACAUCAAAGACCUGGGUCACGUAUGUACGCAGCUCCCCAGGUGCCACAACGUAUGCACAGCCUACCAGCCCCGGCACCGGGACAUUUUGUGCCCAUUGCCCAGGAAAUAGUUACCGAUCCCAAUACCAAUUCUCCCAUUUAUGCCCAUGUUGUGAAGCGAGGCAGCCUUCAAUCCAAUCAAUCGGAGCUAUAUGAAAUACCACAUCGCACAGCUAUAGUGGCACCACCAACCCAAUAUAUUAUACGACGUGAACCAGCUGAGCUGAAGCCUGUCUAUAUACGUCCAGCUGGAACUUUACAAAGACCUGAAAGUGCCUUUUCUCCAGCGCCCACACAAUACAUCCUCGUCGAUGGUGAUAAAUUGCAGCCAGCACAAAUUAUUACAGCCUAUCCGCCGGCCACAGAGCUAUAUGCCCAACCCCAAUAUAUACGACCCCAUCAGCUACAAAGUAUGCCCGGUGCAGCAAGUUAUGGCUACAUAACAGUUCGAGAACCCCUCAAUAUACAACCGCAAAUAAUACGACCCCGUUUGCACGACGGACGUAGUACUCCAUUGAUACUUGAUCGCUCAAGUCAACAAGUGAGUCAAAUCUAUUGGACACCGCAACAUCAACGGCUGCAACAGCAGGCGGGACUAUUAACGGAUCAGAUUAGUCCACGUUACGCUCUAAAGCAGUCAUCGGCAGUGAUGAUGACAACAGCAGGUGGUCCAUUGCAACAACAACAGUUUCAAAAUCGUGCUACAACACCCCUAAUAAUGCAGCAGCACCAGCAGCAACCAUCUCAACUUUCACCCCAUUUACAAAACAUUCCAUCACAACAACAACAUCAGCAGCAACGGCAAUAUUCUGCAUCGCCUCUAAUUAGGGAGUCCACUCCCAGCCAGCAAAGUAUGCACCACAAGCCGCAACAGCCACAAAUUCAAGAAUUAACCAAUUCCCUGACAAAUGCCCGACAAAGUCCAGCAUUCGAUUGGGAGAGCGGUUCGGAGGCCGGUGAGGUUCAGCGUAUUAUGGAAAAGCAACAACAACACGAUCAACAGAAAAACGGUGAGUUAAAACGUGCAACUCUGUUAAGGAAUUUCAGGCUGAAAAUGGCACAGCUACUUAUGGGCAAAUCUAGAAAAUAAUAGUA